GUAAAAAUAUGUAUUUUAAUCUCAUCCCGGAAGUUUAAAAACAUGGCGUCACCGGUAACUUGUUUAUGUUCGGCUGCUUUCUUUCUAAUUUAUAUUCUUCAAGUUCUUGCUGGGCGAGAUUUUUAUAGUAUACUUGGGGUACCACGGUCAGCAGACACAUACCAAAUCAAAAGGGCUUACCGAAAGUUAGCCAAAGAGCUACAUCCCGAUAAAAACAAGGAUGAUCCAGAAGCACAGGAAAGGUUUGCAACACUUGGUGCAGCAUAUGAGGUGUUGUCAGACGAAGAGAAGAGAAAAAUAUACGACCAGCAUGGAGAGGAGGGGUUAAAACAAGGAGACAUGGGCAGAGGAGAUCCAUUUUCAAGUUUUUUUGGAGACUUUGGCUUUGGUUUUGGUGGCAUGCGUGAGCAGGACAAAGAGAUCCCGAGAGGAGGAGAUGUCAUUCUGGACCUGGAUGUCACCCUCGAGGAACUUUACAACGGCAACUUUGUGGAGGUUUUACGCUACAAGCCAGUGGCCAAGCCGGCUAAAGGCAAACGAAAGUGCAACUGUCGUAUGGAGAUGGUCACUCAGCAGUUGGGCCCUGGGAGGUUUUCCAUGACACAGCAGCAAGUCUGUGAUGAGUGUCCUAACAUCAAAUUUGUGCCAGAAGAGAAACUUCUGGAGAUAGAGAUAGAGCCAGGUAUGAGAGAUGGACAGGAGUAUCCAUUUGUUGCUGAAGGUGAGCCUCACACAGAUGGUGAACCAGGAGAUUUGCGGUUUAGGAUACGACAAGUCAAGCAUGCCAGAUUUGAAAGAAGGGGAGACGACUUGUACACCAAUGUCACAGUAACCUUGGCAGAUGCUCUGACGGGAUUUGAAAUGGAUAUUAAACACUUGGAUGGACAUAAGGUGCAUAUAGUCAGAGACAAGAUCACGUGGCCAGGUGCCAGGAUGAGAAAGCCCAACGAGGGCAUGCCAAACUAUGAGAACAACAAUGUCAAGGGCUCCAUGUACAUUACAUUUGAUAUCGACUUCCCUAAAGGGGGUUUCUCAGAGGAAGAUAAAGAAGGAAUCAAAAAGAUAUUGAAACAAGAAAGUAAACAGCAUGUAUACAAUGGACUCCAAGGGUUUUGAUCCAUUCCCCCUUGGUAGUAGGUUAAGUUUAAUUGUAUAUAAUUAUAGAGAGAAACUUCACCUGGAGAAUAUGUUGUUGUUUUUUUUUGAGUGUCUAUUUUUACCAUUUUAUGAAAUUAUCAUUUCAUUUUUUUUUGUUUUUGAAUUUUUAAUUAAAAUAUGUUUUGGCAAAGGUAUAUGCAUGCAGUGAGUAAAUUGUAGUAUUUAAAUACUAUCCUGGAAUAGGGUUACGAGGAGAGUGAAUGAGUACGAUUUAAUUACUGAUGGCACUGCUGCAUUAGCCGGACUAAUCUGACACCUUGUGAUACCAUGAAUGUCUGUCUGGGAUGGUGUUAGAUGCGUGUGUGUUCGUCAUUUUGUUUUAUUUCCCCUGUUAAUGUUUAAAUGUGUGAAAAGGAAAGAGAAAAAAAAAAAAUAGCUGUAUUUAUGAAGUUUCUAUUUGAAUCUGAAUGUUGACGUUAGCUUGAAUGUCUGUCUGUCUGUCUGCUUAGUCUGUGGUUUUUCACAUAUGCACUCUGCGUGUUUCGUAAUCCUUUAUGGAGGUGCCAAAUUUAUUUUUUAAAUUUAUUUUUCAUUCAAAUUUUUUUUGUUUAAAACUUGGUAGGUUUGUUCAAAAUAAAAGCUGAAGAGACUAUCACAAAACAAGCAACUCAAUUGAUAAAGAGUUCUGUGCAUGUGAAUAGAAUGUAAAUGAAAACCACUGGAAUCAUUUUUUAUGACUGAGGUGUAAAGAAAUAAAUUGCUAUUACAAAGUUGUAUUUUUUUUUUAACCCCUCCACAAAUUCCAAGUGCAUGGCUUUGUCAAAGUCUAGAAGACGAUGCAAGAAAUUGAACUUGUAGAAAUGAUUCAUUCAUUGUUUUUUUUUUUAUUUUAUUUUAACUUGGGUGAACUGUUUGUCCUUAUACUUGGUUACAGAAUUAUUUGAAGAAAAAAUAGCUGACGACUAGUGAUAUAGAUAGUACACACUGAUACAGAAUUCUCAGAAGUUUUGCGUGACUUUUAUUCUGAUUCAAAUUUUUGUACCAAAAUAUAUGGCUGCCUGGUCAUAUGGUAUGCACUCUUGAUUGUAGUCUCAAUCCUAGCCUGCUGCCAUCCCCUGCCAUCCUGCUGGAUGUUUGGGCUAGGAUUCUGAAGGACCAUAUGAAUCAUGUAAAACAUACAGAUACAAAUAAUUCCACCUGUUUUACUACCAGUUGCAAGGCUCAAGUACUAAUAAAGUUGUGUCCCCUUGUUGUUUUUUUAAGGAGCUCUGUAAUUAUUAAGUUGUGUCCCCUUAUUUUUUUUAAAACGAUGUCUGUAAUAAGAACAAUUUUGCUUUGGUUUAGCUUCCCCCACCCCCCUCCCAUGUUUACUCUCUCCCUGAAGACAAUAAACUUUAAGAAAACCUGGAGUACCAAGUUCAAUCAAGAUAUGUUUGGGUUAAGCAGCACCUGUCAGCCGCAGUCAAAGAAAGAAGAUCUAACACUCAACAAAUUAGGCUUAAGAUCUAAUCUGUUGUGUUUUUUUUUCCUCGCACUAAUUUAUUUUGUUGUAAGCAGAAGAUAUCUUCUUAUGUGUAUUCAUUUCUUGUGGGGGGGGGGGGGGGGGAUAGAAAUGUGUUUAGAAAUAAAAUGCUGACUGUAGGAAAAAAAACUUAGUUGAAAUCCCUAGAUUUGGAGAUAUGGAAUGGCCUGUUUCUCAACACAUUACUCAGAUGUAGUAGGCGAUAACAGCACUACUUAUUGGUGUCAGUAUUGCUUGACUAGUGACCAAAAUGUGUUGUUUUUGAAGAUUCAGCUAAUUCUUAAUAUUGAGUUAGAGGGUAGUAAUUAUUCUGGUUUACCUGGCAAGGUGUUGGUUCAUUGUCCUGGUGUACCUGGCAAGGUGUUGGUUCAAUGUCCUGAUUUCCAUCGGUUCAUCUCGGGGCUUCUUGUUUCUACCUGUGUCCCCUUGACAAGUUUGAUAAUGACAUGUCUCCCUGAGAAUGGGAUUGUGGAAAUGUUCAAGCUGUGUCUAGAUAAAGUGACAGCUGUAAUUACAGAAACCACCGUUUCAUCCCGUGGUAAAUAACUUAUGGACGCGAUUGAUGGGUGAAACACAACUGUUCAGUGUUGGAUUCCUGCUUAGAGUCCUGAGACAUUUGAUUUUAAAUUGUGUUUUGCAGUCUAUCAGUUCUUAAUGAGUACCGGUACAUAUACUCUUUUUAGUCCAAUCUUGUUAGGUACUCCAGUCAGUCCAAUCUUGUUAGGUACUCCACAGUCUGUCCAGACUUGAUGGGUACUCCAGUCAGUCCAAAAUCUUGAUAGGUACUCCAAUUAGUCCAUCAGUCCAAUCUUGAUAGGUACUCCAGUCAGUCCAUCUUGAUAGGUACUCCGGUUAGUUCGGUCUUGAUAGGUACUCCAGUCAGUCCAUCUUGAUAGGUACUCCAGUCAGUCCAAUCUUGUUAGGUACUCCAGUCAGUCCAAUCUUGAUAGGUACUCCUGUUAGUUCAUCUUGAUAGGUACUCUGGUUAGUUUGGUCUUGAUUGGUACUCCGGUUAGUUUGGUCUUGAUAGGUACUCCGGUUAGUUUGGUCUUGAUAGGUACUCUGGUAAAUUUGGUCUUGAUGGGUAAUCUGGUUAGUUCUGUCUUGAUUGGUACUCCGGUUAGUUUGGUCUUGAUAGGUACUCUGGUUAGUUCGGUCUUGAUAGGUACUCCGGUUAGUUUGGUCUUGAUAGGUACUCCGGUUAGUUUGGUCUUGAUAGGUAUUCCGGUUAGUUCGGUCUUGAUAGGUACUCCAGUCAGUCCAUCUUGAUAGGUACUCUGGUUAGUUCGGUCUUGAUAGGUACUCCAGUCAGUCCAAUAUUGAUAGGUACUACAGUCAGUCCAAUCUUGUUAGGUACUCCAGUCAGUCCAUCUUGAUAGGUACUCCGGUUAGUUCGGUCUUGAUAGUACCCUUUUUGAGUCUAUCUAGUCUUGAUAGUUCUUGUGAGUCACUUCAGUCUUGGUAUGAAACUGAGUCAGAUCAGUUCUAAUGAGCAUCCCUUGGAAAGAAUGAAAUGGGUUUAGGCCUUGCACUGGCCACGUGAUACACUCGUUAACCACUAGCCGUAGAAACACGUGAACUCUUCUUCUCCUGGCAUAAGUUGCAGACGACAGCUACCCAUUACAUUUCCCAUAGAGACCAGUUGCUAUUAUAUUUAAAUAUUGAAUUGGAGAUAUUGAGUUUCCUAUAUUCGUGAAUCACUCUAAGUGUUGUGUGUGUUUCUAUCGAUUGUCUUUAUAAGACUUUAAAACUUACACAGAACGAAGUCUUCAUUUUCAGAUCAUUUCUCAUUGCUUCCUUCAUGUACGAAUGUAGAAGGGACCCGGGGGGAAGGAUGUUACUUUAUCUGUAUGACUAUGAUUGUUAUCUAUUCACAUGUGACACACGUUUUCAUUCUUAGGACAAUUUGUUUUUCUUCCAAUUGUUCAAUAAAAUCUAUUCUACAAAUA